AUGAUGGUGAGGAAUGUGGUGAUGGUGAUGUUGUUUGUAACGGUGAUUGCUCCCAUUAUACUUUACACUGAUCGUCUUGGGUCCUUCCAGGUCUCCUCUUCCUCCUCUGGAGACGAUUUUGUUGAAGAUGUUACAGCCGUUGCUGCUAAUGCUCAUACAGGCCGUCUAAAUCUGCUUCCCCAGGAAUCAUCCACAACCCUUAAAGAGCCUGUCGGAGUGGUAUAUUCCGACAACUCCACUAAUUCAUAUCCAGAGACAAGGGGGAGCUCCGCCCACCCCAAUCACACUCAUAAAGAUGGGCCUUCAGUGGACUCCAUGGAGCAUGUAUCCGCUAGAGUGUUAUCUACCACCAACGACCAAAAUUUGUCUCAAACAGAUAAUCCCAUCAGACAGGUCACUCAAACACUUGAGCAAGGAAACCAGUUUAUGUCUGACUUACAUGCCAAAGGAGGUGGUGCUUCUGAGCAAAAUAUUGAUAAUGCCUCUCAGACUACGGAAAUAAAGAAUGAGCGACAAUCCACUCAAACAUCCAGCAGGGUUGAUCAAAGAAAACCCAAGAAAACUAUGACUGAAAAACAGAAUGAUGAAACAGCUGUUCCAGAUGUUCGGGUACGACAUCUUAAAGACCAGCUCAUCAGGGCAAAGGUCUACCUAUCUCUUCCAGCCACAAGAAACAACCCCCAUUUCACAAGGGAGCUUCGACUGCGAAUAAAGGAAAUUCAAAAAGCACUUUGGGAGGCAACCAAGGAUUCUGACCUGCCAAGGAACGCCUACGAUAGGUUGAAGGCAAUGGAACAGACGUUGACUAAAGGUAAGCAGAUUCAAGACGACUGCGCAGCUAUGGUGAAAAAGCUUCGAGCUAUGCUUCAUUCAAUGGAAGAGCAACUCCGGGUGCACAGGAAGCAGACUAUGUUCUUGACACAAUUGACGGCAAAAACACUUCCCAAGGGACUUCACUGUCUUCCAUUGCGCCUUACCACUGAAUACUAUACCUUAAAUUCUUCUCAACAGAUCUUUCCCAAUCAAGAGAAACUAGAAGAUCCCCUGCUGUACCAUUAUGCGCUAUUCUCAGACAAUGUAUUGGCUGCAGCGGUUGUUGUAAACUCAACUGUCACUCAUGCUAAGGACCCUGCAAAUCAUGUUUUCCAUAUUGUCACUGAUAGGCUCAAUUAUGCUGCAAUGAGAAUGUGGUUUUUAGUAAAUCCACCGGGCAAGGCCACUAUUCAGGUUCAAAACAUUGAAGAAUUUACAUGGUUGAAUUCAAGUUACAGUCCGGUUCUGAAGCAGUUGGGUUCUGCGUCCAUGAUAAAUUAUUACUUUAGGACUCAUCGGGCCAAUUCUGAUUCAAAUUUGAAGUUUCGAAACCCAAAGUACUUGUCUAUCCUGAACCAUCUCCGCUUUUACCUUCCAGAGGUCUUUCCAAAGCUCAACAAAGUUCUGUUCCUGGAUGAUGAUGUAGUUGUGCAGAAGGAUCUUACUGGGCUCUGGGCCCUUGACUUGAAGGGAAAUGUUAAUGGGGCUGUGGAGACUUGUGGAGAAAGCUUCCAUCGCUUUGAUCGGUAUCUUAACUUUUCAAAUCCUCUUAUCUCAAAGAAUUUUGAUGCUCGUGCUUGUGGAUGGGCAUAUGGAAUGAAUAUCUUUGAUUUGGAGGAAUGGAAGAAGCAAAACAUCACAGAGGUUUACCACAGAUGGCAGGAGCUGAAUCAUGAUAGACAAUUGUGGAAGUUGGGAACCCUACCACCUGGGCUCAUAACAUUUUGGAAACGCACAUACCCACUCGAUCGAGCCUGGCAUGUGCUGGGCCUUGGUUAUAACCCUAGUGUUAACCAGAAGGAAAUUGAUCGUGCAGCUGUUAUACACUAUAAUGGCAACAUGAAACCGUGGCUUGAGAUAGGCAUACCCAAAUACCGAAAUUACUGGGUACAAUAUGUUGAUUAUGAUCAUAUGUAUAUGCGAGAGUGCAAUAUCAAUCCAUAG